GUCCUUCUCCUCUGUAGUCACUCAGCUGUAGUGCCUGACCGGACGUCCACUUAGGACUACUUUUUACGGACACCGUUGGCUUAUUGUUGUGCCGAUUUCAUCAUCGGUGAACUAGUUGUUUAUCAAGUGGAGCUAUAUCCCUCUGAAUGGGAUUUUUUACAACAGAGACGGAUAUUUCUUAUGUUUUGAUCCCGGGUAGUUCUGCAUUUCCCUCAUGGGGCACGACUACUGCGUCCUAUGCUGCUCUAUUAAGGACUUAUCAGUAAACAUCCGUGUUGGCGUGAAAGUGUUUGGAUUGAGGGGUGUACAGGCAGAGUAUUCCUGCUAGCGAACUAUCAGCAGCUAGCUGUUAUCCUGCCUCUAUCGCUUCAGCUGAGUGGACGCCGGUACUCUGACAGGACAUUUCUUACACUUCCUGUGUCAGAAAUGUGGCCUCUUGGGGAGGACCAGGCCCUUGAGCAAUGUUUCCCCUGGAUAUGACGGUACCUGGUCCGAAUGCGGUCUCCUAAUGAGGUCUCCCCCCGGCCGGUAGACAGUGGACAUGCAUGGUCCGGACAUGGACUUUAGGAUUGGACCCCAUACUGGAUAUUUCUCGUGUUGGGAGCCAAACUGCCUGGUGUUUGACUGAUUUCAUCAGGAGUUUGUUUGGGUUGGUGAAUGCUUCCUCUUUUCCUGAUGGCAUGCUGCCUCAGGUCUCAUCGCCAUGGGAGCUGGACGCCAAGACCCCCGUGUCCAGAGGAUGAAGUUGAACAGCAGAAGAGUUCGCCGGGAGGGGAGGGGGGAGGCGUGGAGGACGGCUCCUCGCUUCCCAAGCGCAAGGGCAAGUUCUCCACGCUCGGCAAGAUCUUCAAACCCUGGAAGUGGAGGAAGAAGAAAAGCAGCGACAAGUUUCAGGAGACUUCCGAAGUUCUGGAGAGGAAGAUGUCGACGCGGCGGACGCGGCAGGAGCUCAUCGAGCAGGGACUGCUGAAGGAGGCCCCGGAGAACGCUGUAGAGACCAUCGAGGCAGAGCAGGUGGGGAAGCCCUACGUGAAGAACGGCCACACACUGCCCAUGAGCGGCGGGGGUCCUGCGGUCAGUGGGGCCCUCAGGAGCCCCUGCAGCCAGGGGAAAGGCCCCUCGGAGGCAGACUUCAGGAUGAACCCGACCUGGCUCGCUCAGCCUGACGACUGCAGGGGGCGCUACCCCACGGAGGGGGACCGCAGGGGGGGUCCAGGACCCAGGGGCCACAUGGGGCCGCAGGAUAACGGACGUAGAGGAGGAGGAGGAGGGGGUGGAGUUGGGGGAGGAGGAGGAGGAGGAGGAGGAGGAGGAGGAGGAGGAGGAGGGGGCGGAGGGACGAUGCGACCCCAGGGCGAGGGCGAGUGGAAGGCGAACAUGGCCUGGCAGGGCCCCCCCCAGGGCCAGGGUGAGGAGGCGAGGCGUGGGGGGCGGCCCCGUCCCGAGGACGGGCCUGGGAGGCGGGGCGGCCGGCUCCGCCCGGAGGACGGGCAGAAGAGGCCCGGGCUCCAGAAGGCUCCGUCUGAGGACUGCAGGAGGAGUCGGCCCGCCGAGGCGGACUGGAAGCCCACGCUGCCCCGCCACGCGUCGGCCGAGGAGGGCAGGACCCGCAGAGAGUCAGCGAGCCACUUUGUCCCGGAGCUGGAGAUGCUGCAGGACACCCUGCGGGAGCCGCUGCCCCCCAAGCACUCCAUGAUGCCCCCAAAGUGGCUGAUCACCUCCGCCACGGAGUCCGUCCAGGAGGGCUCGCCUCGCGGCCCCUCCUCCCACCCCGUGUCCCCGUACUCCUCCUCAUCGUUCUCUCCCUCAUCCGCCCCGGCCAAGCCCUCCCCCCGGGGACCCAACGCCCAGCCGAGUGCCCCCUCCUGCACCUCCCUGGUCCCGUCCUCCGGCUCCCACCCGGCCAAGCAGCCCCCGCCGCCCCCACCCAAGCCCGUCAACAGAGGCAACGCCGCCAUGCUGGCCUCCACCCUGCAGGGUGGAGACAACACCCAGCUCCCCUUCUACUGGUCCUGCUGGAAGCAGGACUGCCAGUACGACGUGUACCUGUCCCUUCCGGUCUACCUGUGCCGGCGGGCUGGAGGCCUGCGUCCAGACUUCACCCACACCACGGGGGCCACCAGCCUGGCUGUAGCCAAGCCCUCCCCACCCAUGCCCCCCAGGAGGACCACCCCGGUGUCCAAGCGCCCCGGGGAGGAGCUCCCCGCCCUCCCCGGCGGCCUCUCCCUCCUCCCCCCGGAGGACCGCUCGAGCUUCUCGGUCGGCUUCCAGCUGCCUCCCCCGCCGCCCUCCCCGCCGCUGCCCUCCCACGUCCCGCCCUCUCCGCCCCGCCAGCACAUCCACGCGCACCACCUCCACCACCAGCACUCCUACCCCCACCCGCUGCCGCAGCCCCUCAUGCUGUUCGACCCCCCCAGCCCCACCGCCGAGCGGACGCCGCGCCCCGCGCCCAUCCCGCUGCACAUCAUGAUCCAGCGGGCGCUGUCCAACCCGGGCCCGGCCCAGCCCCACCCGGACGGCGCCCAGCGCGCCCACACGCUGCUCUUUGAGACCCCGCCGGAGUACCAGACGGACCGCAGCCGCCCGCUGCCCGUCAGCCUCCAGCCGCUGAAGCUCGCCGACGAUGACUACUCCGAGGAGGAGGAGGAGGAGGAGGACGACGACGACGAUGACGAGGAGGAAGAGGAGGAGUACGACGGGGAGAUCCCCCAGCCUGAGCUGGAGCCGCGGAGCCGGCGCUGCCUGAUCGGGGACCCGGGGAUCUCCCCGGGGAUCUGCGUGAUCCCCGAUGGGAACCACAGCAGCGGGGAAGAAGAGGAGGAGGACGAAGAGGAUGAGGAGGAGGACCCCGGGAGUGACCAGCACGGGGACAACAGCGACUCGGACGGCCCCGUGCUUUAUAAAGACGAAGACUCGGACGAGGACGAGGAUGAGCCCCCGAUGAGUGCGCUGGCCAGCAGGGUGAAGAGGAAGGACACCCUGGCCCUGAAGCUGAACAGCCGGCCGUCGGCCCCGGAGCGCGAGAGGUUCACCCCGGACUGGGCGUCCCAGGAGGCCCCGCCCACGGGCCAGAAGGGCCUCACCUGGCAGAGCAGGGAGCAGUGGGAGGCAAUCCGAACGCAGAUCGGCUCGGCCCUCACGAGACGACUUAGCCAGAGACCUACCGCUGAGGAGUUGGAGCAGAGGAACAUCCUACAGCCUAAGAAUCAGGCCGACCGACAGGCUGAGGUCAGGGAGAUCAAACGACGGCUGACGCGAAAGCUCAGCCAAAGACCAACGGUUGCAGAACUACAAGCCCGGAAAAUCCUGCGUUUCCAUGAGUAUGUGGAGGUAACCAACGCCCACGAUUAUGACCGCAGAGCGGAGAAACCUUGGACCAAGCUGACUCCCGCCGAUAAGGCUGCGAUCCGCAAGGAGCUCAACGACUACAAGAGCACUGAGAUGGAGGUGCACGAAGAGAGUCGAAUCUACACAAGGUUCCAUCGACCUUAACAUCCUCUUCCUGGAUGACCAAGCACUUAGUCCACCACCUAGCAGAGUGUCUGCCACGGAGCUGCUCAACAAACAGACUACCCCUCAACGUUUCUGAAUGUACUGUGCAGAACAUCAGUGGAAGAAGAAGAAAAAAAACGAAGCGAUUGUAGCUGAUGAAAAAGCCUAGUAUCAGGGAUACUCGUGUGCCCACCAUUAAACGUUCAGUUCCUUUGCUCGCACAAAACUCUGACAGCGAAACUGAGACCAGGAGAUCCGGCGUUCUCCCGGGCGUACCACGUGCCAACGAAGCGGAGCGAAGGCGGAGAACUCGGUCGGCCUGAUCGUGGAGAUGGCUGACGCUCUUCUCUCCUGUGGGCUUCUUUAGGGCAUCCGGGGUUCUAGCCACAACCUUUGAUGCCAACUCAUUCUGUAUUGCCUUGUCCCCGCUCUGUGACUAUUAACAUAAGCGAUGAAGGCAUCAGUUAUUGUAUAGGUGGUAAUAAUAAGUAAUAGUCCAAGGGCUGACGCAAGAGUGGAGAGGAGGACGAAGACUGGGAUGUGCCAUUUUCACAUUGUCAGACAUGCUCUGGGAUACUGUGUGUAUUUUAUGUCAUUGUGAAUACGUUGCUGUGUAUAGAUUACCUUAGAAUGAAAUUUGGAGAUCUAUAACUACAAAAAUAUUCCUUAAUGCACAAGAUAUUUUAUAUUGUAUGAUAGGUCAUAUGAAUAAUGAUAGCUUUUAUUUGAGCCUACUUUUUAAUUUGGCUUGCCUGUAUUUAUGGUUGUGCUGUGAGAUGGCUUUUUGAGCUUUAUUGUCGUUAAUAGGAAAGGUCAACUUCAUAUAGCAGUUGUACUGUGUGCCAACAUAACCUCUAUGUCAGAAGGACUGUAGAGUGAUGCUUUAUAUCACUAAGUUUUUCAAAGCACCGCUGCACGAGCCAAUAGCGAGUCCAGUGUACUUUUAUCUGGCUCGUCUGUCUUUCGUUUCAUAACUUUCUGUUUCAAUGAACUUUUGUACUUUCCCUUUAAAGAUGAAAACAAUGCAUUCUGUAGCCAUGUUAUGAAAGGCCUUUUGUUUUGUGUCUACAGGAGGACGCUAAAUGUUGCUGAAUAUUUCAAAGUGCUGUGUGGAUCAGGGAUACGUAAAAUCUGAAAAUAAAUAAAUGGUUAACAGGGAGUCAUUUUUGUCAGGACCGCCAUUAAAACACAGUUUGAUCUUAUGGUGUCCUCCGGCCAGUAGAUAACAGGGUUGUACAUGCAGAUAUCUUUGAAUGAUGCUUAUGUUUAUCUUGUCUUCCUAUUAUUUUAAAUGACAUUUUAAAUAUAGAAGUAUUAUUUGUUAUUUUUUUAAGCGCUCAAUAGUGAAUGACGGCAACUCUAGGAUGGAACUAUAAAGAGUACCUUUUCUGUAAAUCUUUUUUUUUAUUAUUGAAAUUGUAUAACUUUCUUUUCAGUUGUAAAUAUUCAUAAUAUGAUCUCAUUAAAAAUCCUACAAAUCCUU